AUGGGCUUGUUCGAUUCGCUACAGCCACUCGAGCCAAACGGCGAUCAAGUCUUCAAGGAGGCCAGGGCAUGGUCGUGCGAGACGCAAUCCAUAUUGGCCCUACCAAGGGAGCUGAGAUGGGUACUCGCAAAUAUAUACAAUUUCUCCAACGAGGUGCUGCGGCUACCAUCGGAAGAGAGCACGGCCUGGCAGAUGCGAUCUUGGCUCGUGCACUGGUACACCGUUGCCGAUGAGCUUUUCAACAUCUUCGGCAUCCUUGCACAGAGUCCCGAGGUGGACUGGUUCAGCCGCCCGUGCGGUGAGUCUGAGCCUAUUGCCUAUCAUGUUCGCAAGCCACCCGUCAAUCACCAGUCGCAUGGCACAGAUUCGUCGGGUGCCAGGACUAUUGUCCGUCACCAGAACUUCCUGAGGAGUGUCGGAGGCGAUCAUCAGGGUCGAAUCUGGCCCUCCAACGCCGCUCUCAUACACGGAUGGUUGUCGACGCAAUCGCAUUUACCGCAGGUGGAUGGCACAGCAUUCUUCGACCCCGCCCCGGGAGGCUACACUUCGUCGCGGCGGUCACCCAUACCCCCAGCGACUCCCAGGUGGUCCCGGGACAGUUCCAUGGCAGCAUCAUCAAACCUCAACCCAGCUGCCGCAGAGUUCAUGCCGGUCCCACCGCCGACAGUCUGCUCGACAAUAACGUCUGACGCGCACAGUGAUGUCUCUGAUGAGGGCUAUGCGUCGCAGAGCGAGUGCGACAACGAGGUCUUGAUUCGACACAGACCUUUGUCGGUUUGA